AUGACAGUUUGAAGUUGAAAUGAUAAACAAACUUUGGUUGUAUAGCAGUGGGCGUUGCCACACAUUGUGUUGAUAAUUCAUUGAUUUUAUAACUGAUAAACCGUACUUUUUGUGUGACAUGCUUUGAGAUAAUAAUGUGGGUCUUUUGAGAUAAAAUUCACUAUUGUUGUCGAUAGUGAAUCACACGGUUUGGCGAAAAAAUAAAUUCUGUUUAUUUCUCUGAUUUAGUAAGAAAUAAUAAGUUUUUAGGUUUAAAACCAUUUUAUAAUUCAACUUAAAGUUGUUUUAACCCAGUUAUAAUUCAUCAGUCUUUAAAAUUAUGUGAUAUUUAUCGUUACUCAGUGUUCGCAUUUAUGUGGCUUCUCGUUCAUCUAAAUUCUGAUUCACAUAUGAAAAAUGUUGAAAAACGCUUUUAUACUUUUGUUUUUGUGUUUUAACAUUAAUUGCCAAUCAAAUAAAGAUCUUUACAAUGGACAAUAUAAUACACGGCCUGAUGGCUCUGAAGCAAGACUUCCAAAACCUGGAGAUAACAAUUAUAGAACAUAUUUGUACAACAACAGAAGGUAUGGUGCUGACCCCAGUAGAUAUAACCCAUACAAUCCAAACAUCAAUCAGCCUGGUGGAUUUCCAUACAAUCCAUUGAACACCAAUCCUUUAGAUGAUCAAUUUAAAUACAAUACGAAUAUAGACCCAAACAAUCCUGAUGCUAUUUUCCCUGGUGUCCUGGGAGGCUGGAGGGAAGACUUGCAAGGAAGGGAGAGGAGAGACUCUCGACAACUGAAGAGAGACAUCUUUGUUAAUACCAAUUAUGGACAAGUUCAAGGAUUUAAAGUAUAUUUGUAUGACAAUCCCGACCCUAAUUCUGGCUACCGACCAUGGCUAACCCCUGUAGAGAGGAUACAGGGUGAAGUAUCUGUUUUCCUGGGUAUACCAUAUGCUCGACCACCUGUAUUGGAAGGGAGAUUUAAGCCGCCGCGCCAGCACCCCGGCUGGCAGCUGCUGCAGGCGGUGGACUGGGGCCCAGCGUGCCCGCAACCGGUGCGGCACACCGGCGCUACCAAAGGCAUCCGAGAUAUGGACGAAGACUGUUUAUAUCUCAAUAUAUUCUCACCUAAUACAGAAGCAGGUGCAACAGCUCAGAAGUACCCAGUAAUGGUGUACAUCCACGGUGGGCAGUUUUCCUCCGGCGCUUCCAACUUGUUCCCCGCGCACAUGUUGGCCGGCUUCUACAAUGUUGUUGUUGUCUCGCUCAACUACAGGCUCGGCGCAUUAGGUUUCCUGUCGACGUCGGACGAGAACUCGCCCGGUAACUACGGAAUGCUGGACCAGAUAAUGGCGCUGCGCUGGAUCCGCGACAAUAUAGAGCCUUUCAAUGGUGACCCGCAGUCCAUCACGCUGUUCGGUCCCGGCGCCGGCGCAGCCUCUGCUGGUCUGCUGGCACUACACCCGCAGACCAGUCAUAUCGUCUCCAGAGUUAUUGCACAGAGCGGGUCAGCGCUGGCGGAGUGGGCGCUGAUAGAGGACAAGUUCCGAGUGCAGAACACGUCGCUGGUGUUCGGCCGGCUGCUGGGCUGCCCCAUCGACUCCUCCUGGAAGCUGGUCAACUGUCUGCGCCAGGGCAGGAGCUUCUAUGAGCUAGGCAAUGCUGAGUUUCAGCCUCAAGUGGGCUUCAUCCCAUGGGGUCCGGUCCUGGAGAACAACUUCACGUACCCCGGGGACGAGUGGUACGAGGGGUGGCGCGCCAGAGACUGGACCUUCCUGCAGACCAAGCCCGAGGACCUGAUAGCUGCCAGGUCCUUUAACCCUGCUCUCAGAUAUAUGACCGGGGUCACCACGCAGGAGGCCGCUUAUGUACUAUAUAACAACGAGAGCCUGGCGCCAGGAUACGAGAUCAGCGAGCAGUGGUUCGAUCAGAAGGUGCGGGAGCUGGUGCUGCGGUACAACUACACGCUGAACCCGCGCGGCGUGUACGAAGCUGUGCGCUACAUGUACACGUACCACCCCGACCCGCACAACGUCUCCGCUAUACGUGACCAAUAUGUGCAUCUGCUGUCGGACUUCCUGUACCGAGCGCCGACAGACAAGAUGGUGAAGCUGCUGCUGGAGCAGCAGGUGCCGGUGUACAUGUACGUGCUGAACACGACGGUGGAGUCGUACCGGUGGCCGGAGUGGCGGCAGUACGCGCAUGGUGUCGAGACCCUCUUCCUCACCGGCGCGCCCUUCAUGGACCAGGAGUUCUUCCCGCGCCGCCUGCGUCUCGACCGCCAGGCCUGGACGCCCAAUGAUAGGAAUAUGAGCCACUUCUUUAUGAAGGCUUACUCAGAUUUCGCUAGAUUCGGCAACCCGACGCGGUCUCGCAUCCUGGGCGUGCACUUCGAGGAGGCUCAGGCGGGACAGCUGCGCUACCUCAACCUCAACACCACCUACAACUCCUCCAUAAUGCUCAACUACCGCCAGACUGAGCUCGCCUUCUGGACCAUCUACCUGCCCAGCGUCAUCGGCAGGCUGGUGCCCACAUACCCGCCCAUCACUGAGUAUUGGUGGGAGCCUCGUCAGCCGCUGCAGAUCGCGUUCUGGUCAGUGGCGGUGGCCUGUCUGCUGCAGCUCGUGCUGCUCGUGCUCUGCUGCAUGCUGUGGCGGAACGCUAAGAGGGCUGCACCUCCUAAAUGGAAAAUGGUACCCGCCAUGGAGAGUGAUCGUCUGUACGAGGGUGACAUAUUCAUGGUGCCAGAGUUGGCGGAGGGUGGCAUAGACAAUGACACCGCGGCGCGGUCGCGGGACAACAUCUACGAGUACCGCGACGUGCCGCUCAAGAGACCGCACACGCCGCAGACUCUCACCAGAACGAUAAGUCAGCCGGCCACUCUGCAGUCGUCGCGGCCGCCGUCGGAAGCCUCCACAGGGUCAGCUCUCUCACUGAAGGAGAGCGCGGUGUCGCGCGCGCCCGCGCCCGUGCCCCGCGCACGCUCGCGCACGCAAAUCGUACACGGAGUGCCGCAAACUACUGUCUGAUAUACCAUUUUAUACCUUAACCUCUAUACAAUAAGGUUUUAUUUACUAUGACACAUUGUCAUUGUCUAGUGUUAUCGUUUUAUCCAUUUUGAACCUUAUACGUUAGGUAAUAAGGUUGUUUUGUUGGUUGAAUAAAUAUUGAAUACGAUUAAUAUUACGAACCACUAAAAUGUUUUAAUUGUGGUCAGUAUGUUAGAAUUUUUUUAAUUAGGUGCUGUCCAGUGAUGUAAAGAAUUCUAGAAUUUAUCGCCGACAAUAUAAGACUUUGUCUCCAUUAAAAUGUUAAGCACGAACAAUUAGAUUAGGUUAGGCUUAAAAUAUCCAUCCCAUUUUAAUUGACAUUUGAUGCUUUUUACAAAAAUAAGAAAAUAAAUAUUGUCAGAUAUACGAAUGUAUAUAUCUUUAUGUACUGAUUUAUAUAAUGUUUUAAAAUACAUACUUUUAUAGGAUUUUAUUUAAAUAAAAUUACCACCGUUAGGUAU